AUGUCUAACCCAGGCCCAAUACCCGUUGGGAGGGCGCCCCCAGACUUCGCAUUGUCAACACCCCCUAAUUCAGUUUGGGACCGUAUAUCGACCUGGGCAUCGGAGAAUAAGGCAGUUGUCUACACAAUUGCAGGUGUCGCAGUGGUUGUCUCAGGAGCUGGUGUUGCAUACUAUCUAACGGAUUCGAGUACCACCACAGCCAGUACACCAAAGAAGUCGAAGAAAGAGAAGCGAAGGAAGAAGGAAGAAGAGAAGAAGGACUUAGAAAAGGGAACUGCGGAGACUAAGCCAAAGACGCCAACUGUCGAGACUGUAGAGGAGCUUCCCGAAGUUGACGAGACAACAGUUGGAAGCCUUUCCGAACAACAACGAAAAGACUAUGCUGGAAAACUGAAGGCUGCGGGUAACACUGCUUAUGGGAGUAAAGACUACAACAAGGCGAUCGAUCUCUACGGAAAGGCUAUCAUCUGCAAACCGGAUCCUAUCUUCUACUCGAACAGAGCCGCAUGCUACAAUGCCCUUUCACAAUGGGAGAAGGUUAUUGAGGACACAACUGCUGCUAUCAACCUCGAUAAUGAGUACGUCAAGGCUCUAAACCGACGAGCUCAUGCAUACGAGCAUCUCGAGAAAUUCAGCGAAGCGCUCCUUGACUUUACGGCAAGUUGUAUUAUUGAUGGAUUCCGAAACGAGGCCAGUGCCCUAGCUGUAGAGCGAUUGCUGAAGAAGGUGGCCGAGGCCAAGGCGAAAGUCAUUCUUACGACCAAGGACAAGAAACUUCCCAGCUCAUCGUUUGUCACAAAUUACCUUCAAAGUUUCCGAGCUCGCCCAUCCCCUGUAGGAUUGGAAGACAGCGAGGAGUUGUCAGAAUCUACUGGCAAAGGACAAUUGCAACAUGGACUUCGCUCAAUGGAUUCGAAGACUGCUGAUGGAUACGAAGAGGCGGCAGCUGCCUUUGACAGAGCAUUGCAAUUGAACGAACUUGGAGAUCUCGAAGCCUUUGCUUAUAAUAUGCGCGGAACAUUCAGAUACCUUCGCGGUGACAACCUUGAUGCAUUGGCUGAUUUGACCAAGAGUAUCGAUCUCCAGCCCUCCUUGACACAGAGUUACAUCAAACGUGCAAGCAUGCAUCUGGAAAUAGGCAACAAGGACGCUGCUGCAGAUGAUUUCGAAAAGGCCAUGGAACAAAACAGCGAAGACCCUGAUAUUUACUACCACCGUGCCCAGCUUCACUUCAUCCUCGGCGAGUGGGCAGAUGCCGCAAAAGAUUACCAAAAGUCCAUCGAUAUCGACCGGGACUUCAUCUUCUCUCACAUCCAGCUCGGUGUUACGCAAUACAAGAUGGGGUCGAUCGCAUCAUCAAUGGCGACGUUCCGCAGAUGUAUCAAGAACUUCGACAAAGUGCCAGAUGUCUACAACUACUAUGGAGAGCUUUUGUUAGAUCAGCAAAAGUACCAAGAAGCAAUUGAGAAGUUUGAGACAGCUGUGGAGAUGGAGAAGCAGACCAAGCCUCUAGGAAUGAACGUCCUGCCUCUUAUUAACAAAGCUCUGGCUCUUUUCCAAUGGAAACAAGACUUCGCCGAGGCUGAGAAGCUUUGCCAGAAAGCGCUUAUUAUCGAUCCCGAGUGCGACAUUGCCGUUGCCACUAUGGCCCAACUAUUACUGCAGCAAGGUAAGGUAACAGAGGCGUUAACAUAUUUCGAGCGAGCCGCCGAGCUCUCCCGAACCGAGGGAGAAAUUGUCAACGCGCUCUCAUAUGCCGAAGCCACACGCACGCAACUAGAAGUUCAAGAAAAGUAUCCCCAGCUCGCCAACAGACUGCAGGGCAUGAGCGGUGGAUUCGGUGGCGGUAUGCGAUAA